GUAGUUCGGCUGGGGGCCACCCCUGUUAGCCUGAGCUUGCUCUCUAUCCAGGUUUAUGCUGCUUCUUCAGAGAAGGAGACUUCCAAAAAGGAGUUGCUGAAAAUUGAGGAGCUGUCACUCUACUCCUCUCCAGCUCGUGAGACUAAAUAUGUGGAGAAUCCACAAACCCAAUUGGAAGAGGGGGUUUCGCAUUUACGGCAUCUUAUGGAGCCAUAUACAGCCUGGUGUCAGGAUCUUUAUGCCAAAGCUAUGCCCAAAUUAGAAAAAGCUGUUGAGCAUGGUAGAGAGGGCUGUGAAUUUCUCCAAAACCCCCCUGCUGGAUUUUAUCCAAGGCUUGGUGUGAUAGGUUUUGCAGGAAUUGUUGGAUUGUUUCUUGCUAGAGGCUCAAAAAUAAAGAAGUUAGUGUAUCCAGGAGGUCUCAUGGGUAUCGGUGCCUCCAUGUAUUACCCUCAGCAAGCGGUUGCUAUUGCAAAGGUUGCUGGUACACAGCUGUAUGACUGGAGUCUUCAGGGAUAUAUUGCUGUAGAAUCUCUUUGGAAGGAUAACCCUAAGAAGAAGAAAUCUGGGAAAAAAAGUGAUAAGGGAGACGCAGAUGGUGACAAGCCCCUGGAAAUCCAUGCGGCUUCAAAUGAAGAGCAAGCCCAGAAGUAGAACACCAGAUCGCUUGGCAUCAAACAGAUGAACAGAAAAUACAGAUAUGAGCAACUGUUUCCCAAGAAAAAGAGGAAAAUCAUGUGAAUCCAUUUUGAUUUUUGAAUGUGACUAAUCCAGCUCUGCCUCAGGAAAGACUGAUGGUGUGCUGCUUGGGCUUCUGGUAUGGAAUCUGUGAAAGGACACUACGUAUUUUGGGUCAGUCUUGAGACCUUAUCCUCAAUUCUGCAGUGAGACUCAAGUCUGCCCAUGCUUGUCCCAUUGCAGGAUCAGCAUCGCAAGUAGCGAGUCUCAAAAUUCCUCAGUCUCUCGUUGUUAUUUAUAUAUAAAAUAAAAUUCCAGUUACACAAAAUGGU